AUGGCUUUCUCGCAACCAAUACUGAGCCAUGGAAGCGUUCAAGAGCUUGCAAAACAAGACAACCUCACUGUUCCUCAUAACUAUGUUCAGGAACAUCUAGAACCAACCUUUGUCCCGAAUGACGUUUCGCCUUUGCUGUCAAUACCAGUCAUUGACAUGAAUAAUUUGGUAACAGAAGGAUUGAAUAGGGAUCUUUACUUGAAAAAUCUACGCUCGGUAUGCUGCAACUGGGGCAUCUUUCAGUUGGUUAAUCAUGGUGUUGACAAAUCUUUGGUGGGCAAAAUGAAAAGCGAGGUUAUCGGUUUCUUUGAAUCGCCGAUAGAAGAGAAGCUCAAGUACAAGUUGAAGGGAGGAGAGUAUGAAGGGUAUGGCCAAACCAUACUCCAUGCUCAAGGUCAGAAAAUUGAUUGGGCUGAUCGGUUUUUUAUGAUCACUAACCCUCUUCAUAGGAGAAAACCCGACUUACUCCCGGCGUUCCCUCCGUUGCUCAGAGAUACACUCGAAACAUAUUUGCUAGAACUGCAAAAACUUGCUAUGACUUUGUUCGGUAUAAUUGGGCAAGCACUGGAUAUCGACAAGGGAGAAAUGUUGGACAUUUUUGAAGACGGAAUGCAAUCGGUGAGAAUGACUUAUUAUCCGCCUUGCCCUCAACCGGAUUUGGUGGUAGGCCUUACCCCUCACUCCGAUGCUGCUGGAAUUACGAUUCUUCUUCAAGUCAAUGACAUUGAAGGUUUGCAAGUUAAGAAAGAUGGCAUGUGGAUCCCUGUUAAUUUCCUUCCAGAUGCAUUUGUAGUGAAUGUUGGUGAUAUUCUUGAGAUAUUGAGCAAUGGUGUUUGUAACAGCAUUGAGCAUAGAGCAAUUGUGAAUGCCACCCAAGAGAGGUUGUCCUUAGCCAUGUUCUUCAAUCCAAAGUUGGAAUCAGAUGUUGGACCCUCGAAGAGCCUCAUAAGAAAUACGGGAAACCCACCGUUAUAUAAAACACUCGUAAUGGAACAAUAUCUCAAAGAAUUCUUCUCACGUAAGCUCAAUGGAAAGACAUUUCUCGAGAAAAUGAAGAUUAAAAAUGAAGAUCUUGAUAAAACUUAACUAAUCUCAACUCCUCCGUUGAUUAUAUAUACUCAAGAAAGAUAUAUGUUGUGUAUUGAAAGCCACAUAGUAUUUUCUUUUCGUGUUUCAUUUGAGAAAAUAAUUGGUAUACCAUUUGUAGCUUCUAUAUCUUGAUGAGAUGGUGACUCGUUAAGAAGCAAUACC